GACUUCAUCUCCCCCAAACCAAAAACAGAGCAGUUUCUUGUGUCAUAUACUCCAUGGCUGAUAAACAAUCCCACUUGAACGGAGCCUACUAUGGCCCCGCCGUCCCACCUGCCAGGUCCUACCACCGUCAUGGCCGCGGCUCUGGCUGUGGUUGCGGCUGCUGCCUCCUCAGCCUCCUCCUCAAGCUCAUAGUCACAGCCGUAGUCAUUGUGGGCCUGGCCGUCCUCAUCUUCUGGCUCGUAGUCCGACCCAACAAAGUUAAGUUCAGCGUGACGGACGCCUCCCUCACCCAAUUCAACCUCUCCGACAACUACCUCAACUACAACCUCGCCCUCAACAUCACCGUGCGCAACCCCAACAAAAAAAUCGGCAUCUACUACGACCGCAUCGAGGCAAACGCCUACUACGAGGAUGAACGCUUCGAUACCGAAACGCUCACUCCAUUUUAUCAGGGGCACAAGAACACCAGUUACUUGAAUCCCGUCUUUAAGGGGCAGAAUUUGUUGGUGCUCGGCACCGAGCAACUCUCCGAGUACAAUCAGGAGAAGAGUUCAGGGACUUACAGCAUCGAUGUAAAAUUGAACUUGAGGAUUAGGUUCAAAGUGUGGAAGUUCAAGAUAGGCAAGUUCAAGCCCAAGAUUGAGUGCGACUUGAAGGUGCCAUUGAGCUCUUCUGAUGGCAGCUUGGCCGGUAGUGUGGAGACCACCAAGUGCAAACUCGAUCUGUGAUCGUGACGGCAGACGUUAGACCGAGGCUUGACAGUUUUUUAUAUAGUUUUCUCUGGGUUCAUUCUUUUGUUUGUUGGCAGUAGAUAUAUACGGACGAGAUAUAUCCAUGUUCCAUUCCCAUUUGCGUUGACUAUUAUAUUUAUGUUUUUAUAUUGAUGUGAUUUUUCCAGAUAUGUUUCACCGGAUUACGUUGUUUAUGUAAAAAAAUAAAGUUUAGUCUUUCCU